GUUGAUUGUCAUCUCUUUAUCACAAACCACUACCACCACCAGUUCAAUACCAACCAACGCUAUCAAUGUCUGGCAAGGGUAAAGCAGGCAAGUCUUCCUCUGGCGGCAAGGCUGGCGGUGAAGGCAAGUCACAAUCACGCUCCGCAAAGGCCGGUCUUCAGUUCCCCGUCGGUCGUGUCCACCGUCUUUUGAAGAAAGGCAACUAUGCCCAGCGUGUUGGCGCAGGCGCUCCAGUCUACCUUGCCGCAGUUCUCGAGUACCUUGCCGCCGAAAUUCUCGAGCUUGCAGGCAAUGCCGCCCGUGAUAACAAGAAACAACGUAUUGUGCCCCGGCAUCUGCAGUUGGCCAUCCGAAACGACGAAGAAUUGAACAGACUUCUAGGUGACGUAGUCAUCUCACAGGGAGGAGUAGUCCCCUUCAUCAACCCCGAACUGCUGCCUAGUAAAUCAAACAAAGGCAAGAAGGAGGGUGCGAGCCAGGAGGUGUAAAUUUCUACGCAUCUUAUAUCUUGCACUGCUUAUUCUCCUUUUACCUACUUUUUAUUACAUUCAUUUUGUAUCAUACAUGUUCGGCCGUGUUUCUAUUAGUCUGUAUUCGAGUCCUUCUAGUACCGAACUAAAGCAUAUGAGCCUGGCGUGUUUGUUUGUACUUGUUGAAUUUACAAGCACUAUCUCGAUUCUCCACU